AUGUUGUUAAGCAGCAUUCUGCUGUUGUGUCUUCAGAUAAGCCUCCUAGGAACUACUCUUGGUGGGAACAUCCUGAUUUGGCCAAUGGAAGGCAGCCACUGGCUCAAUGUUAAGAUCAUCAUAGAUGAGCUCAUUAAAAAAGAGCAUAAUGUGACUGUUCUGGUUGCCUCUGGUGCACUUUUCAUCACACCAUCAUCUCACCCAUCUCUGACGUUUGAAGUAUAUAAAGUGUCUUUUGAAAAAGAAAAAAUAGAAAAAGUGAUCAAGGAUUUUGUUUUGACAUGGCUGGAAAACAGGCCAUCUCCUUUGACCAUUUGGAGAUUCUAUCGGGAGAUGACUGAAGUCAUAAAGGACUUCCACAUGGUGUCUAGAGAGAUCUGUGAUGGUGCUCUGAAAAAUGAAAAGUUGAUGGAAAAGCUGAAGAAAGGCAAGUUUGAAGUCCUACUGUCAGAUCCAGUAUUCCCUUGUGGUGAUAUAGUAGCUUUAAAGCUGGGAAUUCCAUUCAUCUAUUCCUUGAGGUUUUCUCCAGCCUCAAAUGUGGAAAAGCACUGUGGGAAAGUACCAUACCCUCCUUCCUAUGUUCCUGCUAUUUUAUCAGAGCUCACUGAUCAGAUGACAUUUGCUGACAGAAUAAGAAAUUUCAUCUCCUACCACCUACAGGACUACAUGUUUGAAACUCUUUGGAAACCAUGGGAUUCCUACUAUAGUAAAGCGCUGGGCAAACCCACUACAUUAUGUGAGACUAUGAGCAAAGCCGAAAUUUGGCUAAUGCGGACAUACUGGGAUUUUGAAUUUCCUCGCCCGUUCUUGCCUAAUUUUGAGUUUGUUGGAGGACUGCACUGCAAACCUGCCAAACCUUUACCUAAACUUCCACAGCUUAGACACUGUGAACUGCCCUGCUACAAACUUGGAUAA